AUGCCCAGUGUCGCAGACAAAACGUCCUUGAAAAGGAAACGUGCUAAGGCAUCUGAAAAGGCCAGCAAGCGAACGAAACCAGAAGUCAGUGACGAAGAAGACGAAGCAGAAGAUCGCCAAGCCGAAAUCUUACAACUAGAAGAAGAGAUUGCUCAAUCCAAAAAGAAUUAUAAUAACAUUACCACGCUCCUCGAAUUCGUUUCGAACCAAGAGGAUGAUCUCGACGUUGCGCUGUUCGCCGCGGUUUCCCUAUGCAGGGUAUUCUUGAGGCUGCUGGCUUCUGGGAGCUUGUCGCGCAAGCCCGGCCAGUCGGACAGAGAGGGUGUCGUUAUCCAAUGGCUCAAAGGGAGGCUCAGUGAUUACAAGAAGCUUCUCAUUGCUGCCCUAAGCGAAGAGGCCACGGCGUCAACUGCCCUUACAAUAUCCAUGCGUCUCCUCAAGGCUGAGACUCACAUUACUAGUGAAAGAGGCGAGGCCACAUUUCCGAAGGUAUUUCUUAGGGAUAUUGUUGGUGCACUAGUCCGCAAACGGUGUGAAGAUGUUCAGGAGGAAUUCUGUGAGAAGUACCUGGGUGAAUAUGCUGAUGUUCGCUUCUAUACUUUCGAGGCAUUGACUGAAAUACUUGCAAAUUGCAGUAAUCCACCGAUUGAGAAAGAUUUAUUCAGUAGCGUAUUUGAUAUGCUUUCUUACUUUGACGAAGCUCCGAGUAGUGCUGAAGACCUGGGUUCCCUCUACAUCGAUCUUCCCAAAAAGAAAUCUCAGAUUAUUCUGUCACUAUAUCAGCAAAAGAAGCAAUGUCAGUCAGCGUGGGUUGCACUCCUAAGGCUUAACCCCGAUCGUCAACAGAGAAAACAGUUGCUCGAAAUUAUGGCAGAGUCAAUAGCCCCUUGGUUCGUUGAACCGGCACUAUUGAUGGACUUUUUGACUGAUUCUUACAAUGCCGGAGGGUCGUUGUCACUACUUGCGCUCUCAGGUGUUUUUUUUCUUAUACAAAAUCGCAACUUAGACUACCCUUCAUUUUACCCCAAAUUGUAUUCCUUGCUCGAUGCCGAUAUUCUACAUUCCAAGCAUCGGUCAAGGUUCCUACGGCUACUUGACACAUUCCUGGCCUCAACUCAUCUUCCUGCUAUGCUCGUGGCAUCAUUUAUUAAGAAAUUGGCUCGACUGUGUCUUAAUGCUCCGCCGUCGGCCAUUGUAGCAAUAAUUCCCUGGAUCUACAACCUGUUGAAGAAGCACCCUUUGUGCACGUUCAUGAUUCAUCGUGUCCCACGGACCCCAGAAUCCAAAGCCGCUAUCGAAAGUGAAGGAUUCAAAGACCCCUUCAACGAGGAAGAAAUGGAUCCAAUGCAGACGCAAGCUAUUGAUAGCUGCUUGUGGGAGGUUGUACAGCUUCAGUCACAUUAUCAUCCCAACGUCGCUACAAUCGCUACAAUAAUAUCGGAGCAGUUCACGAAACAGUUGUACAAUAUGGAAGACUUUCUAGACCAUUCGUACCAGAGCCUCGUCGAUGCUGAGCUGUCAAAAUCAGUCAAAAAACCGCCCGCCAUUGAAUUUAUGAUUCCUAAGCGGGUUUUCCUGCCAAAUGAGCCCGCUUCCGGCUUCGAGGAUAACCUCCUAGUCAAGCUUUGGGAAUUUGAGUAA